CGAGCCAGGGAGCCAGCUAGGGUGGUGGUGAGAGCUCACUCUCCGGACAUUCUCCCUCCAGGAGAUGGUGGGAGGGUCCAGCCCCAGCUCCACUCCUGGGAGGAGAGACUGAGAUCCUGGAGACAGCAGGCACUACUGGGAAGAAACUGCCUGCCCUGAGGCUCCAGAGUCCCAAGCUGAUGGCAUGGCCCUGGCACAAUGGAGAUGGCAUAGGGAAGGUGGCCACAACUUCUAGAGAGGGGCGAGCUGUCUUGUAAGAGCUGGCACUGGGAUAUCUACCCAGGAGAUUCCAUGUCGAAGCAACAUUCCAGCACCCUUUGCAUGCAGUCUGGUCCCACUGAGCCCUGGAAGAAAAGGGAAGUUUGCAGAGAGGAGCUUAAGCCAAAGAAAAGGUGACCGCAAUGCUGCAGAAGAAGAAGAACUGGAGGUCCAUGUGCAAGGGGCUUGUUCUGGGAACUGUCCUGACCAGCUUCAUGCUGCUGCUGUACUCCUAUGUGAUUCCACCCCUGCAAGUCAGCAUGAUGGAGAUUCCUAUCCCUUACUCCUGCUCCUCCUAUCCUGCCCAGACCAGGGUGCCAGGUGUGGCGAACAGCACCCACAGUCCCCCGGGGCAAGAGUGUCUGCCCAAGCUGGACAUCAUGUUCAUGAAGACACACAAGACAGCCAGCAGCACUAUCCUAAACAUCCUCUUCCGCUUCGGUGAGAAGCACCGCCUCAAGUUUGCCUUCCCCAAUGGCCGCAAUGACUUCUACUACCCCUCCUACUUUGAACGCAGCCAGGUCCAGGACUACCAGCCCGGCAUGUGCUUCAAUAUCAUUUGCAACCACAUGCGCUUCCAGUACCAGGAGGUGCGCAAGCUACUGCCAGCUGACACCAUCUUUCUGACAGUGCUGCGGGACCCCGCCUACCUCUUUGAGUCCUCCUUCCACUACUUUGGGCGCAUCAUCCCCCUCACCUGGAAGCUGCAAGGUGAGGACAAGCUGGCAGAAUUCCUCCGUGACCCAUGGCACUACUAUGAUCCUAACGGGUUCAACGCUCACUACCUCCAGAACCUGCUCUUCUUUGACCUAGGCUAUGACAACAACAUGAAUGCCAACAGCCCCUUGGUGGACCAGUACAUCCAAGAGAUCGACCAACAUUUCCAUCUGGUCAUGCUGUCGGAGUACUUCGAUGAGUCCCUAGUGCUCCUGAAGGACCUGUUGUGCUGGGAGCUGGAGGACAUCCUCUACUUCAAGCUCAAUGCCCGCAAGGACUCCACUGUCUCCAAGAUGACGGGUGAGCUCUAUGAGAAGGCCACCUACUGGAACCUCAUUGACGCCAAGCUCUAUCGCUACUUCAAUACCACCUUCUGGCGCAAGGUGGAGGCCUAUGGGUGGGAGCGAAUGGCCAGGGAUGUGGCUGAGCUGCACCGGGAGAACGAGAAGAUGAAAAGCAUCUGCAUCGAUGGAGGGCGCCCAGUGGAUGCCAAUGCCAUCCAGGAGUCCUCCAUGCAGCCAUGGCAGCCGCUGGGCCAGAAGUCCAUCCUGGGUUACAACUUGAAGAAGAAGAUAAACAAGAAGCACCAGAAGCUGUGCCGCAAGAUGCUGACACCUGAGAUCCAGUACCUGACCGAUCUGGGCGUCAACCUCUGGAUCACCAAGCUCUGGAGCCACGUGCGGGAGUUCUUAAAGUGGUAACAUGUGAACUGCAGCUGUCCCCAACUCCCUCCCCUCUGCUGUCCCCAUCCCCACCCAAGAGAAGAACCAAGUGAUUUCAUUUUCAUUUCUUCCUUACGUCUGUUGGCUGGAUACGGGACAUGACGCAUCGGCAGUGAUCAGAACUGGCUUGAGGCUCCAACAGGGAAUAGUAAGUUAGAGACCACGCCUCCCACCCCUAUUCUCGAGAUCUGGUUACACAGGAGAGAAGAGGAGCCUCUGACACUUGCAGGUGGACAUUCACUGGGGUGUGAGUAAGGAAAGAGUCAGUUGGCCAACCCUCCUCCCACCUUGCUCCCCAACACCAUCAGUCUGGGUUGCUCCUGGGUCAGCUUCCACCACUGCAUCCUCAGGUCAGUGCUGCACCACUGAGUCCAGCCAUCUUAGCCUGCUAACCUGAAUGAGCUGAGGGCAGGCCCUGGGGAGCACGACCAGGACACGGGACACUAGAACUGAUUACAGUAUCUUACUAGUUGUUUGCGGGUUGCUUUUCACAAUGUUUUUUUCCCUUCCUUCUAUUUGAAAGCAUUGGGGGCAGCGUCUGUGACAGUGGGAUCCCAGCCUGGGUCCGUCACUCAUGUUAAUAGCAUUAUAUGUGUCACAGUGUAAACAGGAGACAAGCUAUAGGGGUUGCAAGUGUGUGUGUGUGUUUGUACUAUGUGUUUGUUGUGUGACCAGUACUCUGCAGCAAACAUUGGUCUCUCUAGGUGUGUCACUAUGUCACUGUGUGUAUCUCAGUGCGUGCAGGGUGUACAUACAGGAAUCUGCGCAUGGUUGACAUGUGGUGGCUAUGUACAGUACAGUGAAUGUCCAGAUCUUGUGUAGGGGAUGUAAGAGGUGUGUGUGUGUGUGUGUGUGUGAGAGAGAGAGAGAGACCAACCUGUUAUUGGGUGUAUUGGGAUCUGUGUGCAUAUUUCACUCAGUGUGUGUGUGAAUGUGACCAGCCUGUUUGCCUGCAUAUCUGUUUAGAGCUGCACAAGUCACACUAUGGCUGAUACACCAGACAACACUCAGCACUCUGUCCAUUCUAGAGACAGCCGUUUGCACUGAUUCAUACUGGCCUAGAGACUGUCAGUUCCAUGUAGACCAUAUACAGUCUGUGUGUGAAGGUUAAUAUGUGUCUACAUGCUAGUUUUUAUCUGCAUCAGAGGGCUUAGUUGGCCACAGUAGUCUUCUACCUGCACUGACUCAGACCAGUCCAUAUAUGGAAAAUAACGCCCAAGGCAGCGGUCCUUAAAUACAUUAAGAUGGCCAGUGUGGCACAUUUAAUCAAACUGGUUCUCCCAUAGCACUGAUUUUGAACAGUCUAUGCAUGAGUCAUACCACUCCGAGAGGUAUAUAUUACCAGCUCAAGCUGCACCUAGCUCAACCUCUAUGUACAUGUUUUUAUGGCGUUCAGUCUGUAGUUGGCCAUCGGUCCUUAUAGCACAUUAUUGACUAGCAGCCAGCAAAAUGAUGAUAUUGUUUGAAACAGCAUCAACACUUGCGUUUCGGGCAUGUAUAAAAACCCCACUACACAAGCAGGGGCGGCUCUAGGAAUUUGGCCGCCCCAAGCAUGCUGGUCCCGCGGCUCCGGGGGACCUCUUGCAG